AUGUCGUCUGCAUUGGACCAAGAUGAUGUCCGGCGCUUCAUGCAAGACUUGCCACCAUGGUACAAAUCACCCGGCCUGAUACGGCUGUACCUGCUCCUACUGUCGCCCAUGGUCACGUCCGCGGCCUGGGGCUUCGACCUCAGCAUGACCAACGGCCUACAGGCCGUCUCGGUCUUCAUGGACAACUUCGGCAACCCCACGGGCGCAACACUGGGAUUCUACGGCGCCUCCAUGACCGUGGGCGGCAUCGUGGCCUGCAUCAUCGGCGGACCCCUCAACGAUCGCUUCGGCCGGAGGACUCUCGUCUUCGCCGGCGGCCUCAUCGUCAUCGGCAUGGUCCUGAUGGAGACGUUUGCGACUUCAUUCAGCAUGUUCUCUGGCGCGAAGCUGGUUCUCGGCUUCGGAAGCAACCUUCAGCAGAUCGCCGCGCCCGUCCUCAUCACCGAGCUCGUCCAUCCGAAACAGCGCGAGACCCUCACCUCGAUCUAUAAUACCUGUAUCUUUGUCGGCCUGAUCAUCGGCUCUUGGGUCACGUUCGCCACCUUCAGCAUGGAGACGCAGUGGGCGUGGAAGCUUCCCUGCAUUCUGCAGCUGAUGCUCCCGUGCUUUCAAGCCUUGACUAUCUGGUUCUGUCCCGAGAGUCCUCGCUGGCUCUGUUCCAGGGGUCGCAUCGACGAGGCGCAAGCAAUCCUAGUCAAGUACCAUGGUAAUGGCGUUAGGACUCCCCUCGUUGAGGCUGAGCUUCAGGAGAUCCUAGCCGGCCUGGAAGCGGACAAGACGCAGAUCAAAUUCAAUAAGGAGGGGAUCAAGACCGUGCUCGGCUCCAAGGGCAACCGUCAUCGUCUCUGGCUUGGCUUUUGGACCGCCAUUGGGUCUCAGUGCCUGGGCAGCAACUUUGUGUCCACCUACCUUCCACUCAUUCUUGACCAGGUUGGCAUGACCAGUUCCAAGGAAAAGACAUUGAUCAAUGGCCUCGUCAACAUCUGGCAGUGGGUUUGCGCCGUCGGUGCCGCCUUCGUCAUCCCUCGCGUCGGACGCCGGACGAUCUUCCUCACCUCCUCCAUCGGCAUGACCGUGACGUUUAUCGUCUGGACGGCGCUGACGGCCACGUAUCUACGCGACCCCAAGGAUGGGUACGGCAUAGGAUUGAUUGUUAUCAUAUUCGUGUUCAGCUUCUUCACUGCGAUCUGCUGGAUCCCACUGGUCAUCGCCUAUCCGCUGGAAGUAGUGACCACGAAGCAAAGGGGUGUGUUCUUCUCUUGGACCAUGUUCAGCAUCAACGCUUCCGCCUUCGUGGCCAGUUAUCUCAACCCAGUCGCACUUGAGAACAUUGAAUGGAGGUACUACAUUGUCCAGUGCGUCUUCAACUCUGCGUUCGUGGUGCUCAUCUACUUCACGUACGUUGAGACUCGCGGCUUCACGCUGGAGGAGAUUGCCGGCAUCUUUGAUGGCACAGACGAUUUCCAGCAUGCUAAGGCGGUGGUCAGUGUGGGACUGGAGAAGGAGACUGAAAUGACGGUUGCUACCCAUGAAGACCAUGUGGGCGACAAGCCAGCUGUAGAGUCAAAGGCAGUCUAG